CGCUACUUUUUCCCGCUUGUAACCGGCUUGUCUGUCAAAUUUCGAAGCGGUCAGCGACAUCAACGCUUGCUUGCAACAUAUUAAACGUAAAUUGCAGUAGUUAUUUAUUAUAAAGGACUGAACAAAUAAUUUUGUGAAGAUGUUUGAAGCACGUCUACUCCGUAGCUCAAUCCUGAAGAAAGUUCUGGAGGCUAUCAAGGACCUUCUUACACAAGCAACGUUUGAUUGCGAUGAUAAUGGAAUCCAACUGCAGGCUAUGGACAAUUCACACGUCUCCCUCGUGUCCCUGACUCUCCGAGCAGAUGGUUUUGACAAAUAUCGAUGUGAUAGAAAUAUUUCAAUGGGCAUGAAUUUAGGAAGUAUGUCAAAAAUUCUGAAAUGUGCCGGGGACAAGGAUACAGUGACCAUGAAGGCGCAGGAUAACGCUGAUACAGUCACAUUUGUGUUCGAGAGCCCCAAUCAAGAAAAAGUCUCUGAUUAUGAAAUGAAACUCAUGAAUUUAGAUCUGGAGCACUUAGGUAUCCCAGAAACUGAGUACAGUUGCACAAUCCGUAUGCCAAGUGCAGAGUUUGCGAGAAUCUGCCGUGAUCUGUCACAGUUUGGAGAGUCAAUGGUCAUAUCUUGCACAAAAGAGGGUGUUAAGUUCUCUGCAAGUGGAGAUAUUGGUUCUGCUAAUAUUAAGCUGGCGCAAACAGCAUCCAUAGAUAAGGAGGAAGAAGCAGUUGUCAUUGAGAUGGACGAGCCUGUCACAUUAACCUUUGCCUGCCAGUAUCUCAACUAUUUCACAAAAGCUACAUCAUUAAGUCCACAGGUUCAGCUUUCAAUGUCAGCAGAUGUACCAUUAGUUGUCGAGUACCGCAUUCCUGAUAUCGGCCAUAUCCGUUACUACUUAGCGCCUAAGAUCGAAGAAGAUGACAAUUAGGUUAAAAAUUAUCUUUAAAUAAGUCGUACCUAUGUUUUGCUAUCAUGUUGUAAGAUUACAGAUACAAUGUGUAUUACAAUAAAAUUGUGAUAAUAUCUUGGGAACACAAAGUAUUUACAGUCAAUUUUCUAAUAAAACAACAAUACAUAAUCUUUUAA